AUGCCCGUCAGGAGCAAUGGUAACUUCAACGGCGCGAGUCGCCCCAGUUGGAUCAGCUGGUGGGGCGUCUCUGGCAUCGCGAGUCGCCAGGCGGAUGUCGUAUUUGAGCGUGACAUAAGAAGCGUGACUCACCGAGUCCGGUCGCACGAUGGAAAAGUGAUCCCCGGGAAUCGCUUCCCCGCCGUGGAAUGUCGCGAGGGCAGAAGCAGGGGUGACGAUAUUGUCGCUCUCGCCCGCAUAGGCGGCGAAACGGAUCGGGCAGGAGUGCGGAGUGAGUUCUUUGGCAUAGAUGACUUGAUGCAGGAGUCUACUCCGGAUCUCAUUGAUUUCCGCACUGAGCGGCCGGAGCUGCCUUUCCUGGGGGUGGUUCCCCAAGAUUCGGCGACGGAUCGCCAAUGCCAGCUCACUGCCCGUGUUCGGGCAGGCGAAAAGAACCACGCGGCGGAUGCGUUCCAGUUCCAAGCCCCUACCUUUCCCGACCAUACUGGUCAAAUAGCAUUGCACCACCAAUCCGCCCUGGCUGUGGCACACCAGCAGAAGACGAUCCAAGUGUCCGGCUUCGGUUCGCAGGAAUCGGCCAAAACUGGAUGCAACGGUGUCUAA